AGGCAGCGGCAGUGGGUGUCCACAGUCGCAACUGAAGCUCGUUAUCGAGAGGACUUUCUGGGCAGUGGAUUCAUUUACAAAGGGAGUUCAUUAGUGGUGUUGUGCUAAUUGAAAGAAGUACAGGUUUGCAGGUCAUCGCUGCUGCAGAAAGAAUAAUGGCUUUAGUAAGUGCUGCUCGUUGAAUUUCUUUGUCAAGUUGAAAGGUUGCUGAGUCCGAAGAAACAAAGGAGGGUCUGUUUGGUGCUUACAAACGACUCAAGUCUAAUGAUAUCGAUUUGUUAGAGAACGACUCGACGAGCCAUUAGGUAUAUUAGCAGUGCAACAAAGCAUUUUUAUGUGGAAUGGCAGCCCCACAACAAAUGAAAAAAGAAGAAGUUGGUUUCCAGCAACCAUGCAGCCUUCUGACUUCCUGGAGACUGCGGAUUACCUUAUUCUGCACACUGGGAGGAAUGGUGCUGAUGAUUGCACGUGCACAGACCAGCUUCGCCAUCCUGUGCAUGGUCCAAGACGAGCUGCCCUCCGAAGGAGAUGUGAAAACCUCCAACGACUCGGCUCGACAGAGCGGGCAGCUCGACGAGACCGUGAGCUCGUAUCAGGGAGAGUUCUUGUGGGACAAGCCAUUCCAGGGUCUGGUGCUGUCUGCCUACUUCUAUGGAUACGUGGCUACACUCAUUCCCGCCGGCUGGCUAACGGACAGACUCCGUAACCACCGGGUGCUGGCUGUCAGCGCGGUGGUUCAGGCCGGCAUCCUGGCCCUGAUGCCCGAACUGACGCGGCUGCACCGGUACAGCUUCAUCGUGCUCAGGAUACUGCAGGGCGCCGCGGCGUCCGUGUUUUUUCCUGCGUUCAACGUCGUCAUCCGUAACUGGAGCGGUGCUGGCGAGUUUCCACUGCUGUUCGGCCUGGCCUGGAGCGGCACCUACCUGGGCAGUGCGGCCGCGUUCCCUCUCAGCAGCACGCUGUGCCAGCAGCACCAGCUGGGAGGCUGGACCGCCAUCUACUAUGGAUCAGGGCUCGGAUUAGCGCUCUGGGCCAUAUUAGCAUGCGUCAUGCUAAAUGAAACGCCACAACAUAUGCGUUUUAUUUCUGGCGUCGAGAAAAGCUUCCUGGCAUCGCACAACGGUGAUUCUAGGUCCAACAAAGAGCAGGUGCUGCCAGUAUCGCUGUGUGUCCUGAUGAGAAAUCUCCAAGUGUGGAUCAUAUCCCUCAGUUACUUUGUGGUUGCUUGGUUCUUCGCAGCAAUGAACAUCACACUACCAACAUUCAUGAAAGAAGGGUUCGAUUUUGACAUUGAAGAAAACGGUUUUCUGUCUGCGCUGCCUAGCCUGUGUAUGUGUUUGUUUGUCGUCCUCGGCGGUAAAAUGUUUGCCUAUCUACACGUCAACAGAGGCAUCUCCAAAACCAACGGAAGAAAAAUCAUGUCAAUGAUUGGCCUUCUGCUGCCCUCGUGUUGUAUGGCAGUGUUGAUUCUUCUGCCGGCCAGUCAGCGAAUUCUUGGUGUGCUGCUUUCCUCCGUGGCAGUGGGGGCUUCUUGUCUGGUAACCAGUGCUGGUCCGGUGACUGCGGCCGGGGACCUCGCUCCCCAGUACACGGGCAUCAUCUGCGGAAUCGCCGCCUCGAUCGGCAACACACCGGGCUUCCUGGUGCCCCUGGUCGCCGCCGCGAUGACGCCCAAUGGGACGCUGCAGGAGUGGCGCUGGUUCUUCAGCAUCACAGUGGCGCUGAUGGUGCUGUUGGCGGUGCUGAUCGGCACGCUCUGGAGGUCAGAGCUGCAGCCGUUCGCCGCCGCUGUGCUGCCGCCUGCCGCCGCGCCGGGGCCGCAGCCGUUCACAGGGAGCAUGGAGUUCCCUACCGCGGCGCCGGCAACAGCAUCGGGGGCCGCAACCGAGGCAGAAGCCGCCUGAGUGGCCUGUUUUGUUCGGCAAUUCAAGCAAAAAUCAAUGUGCGAGUAGCUUAUUACAUGUAUUGGCUGCUAAAUAUAUGUACCUAAUGCAUAUCUUACAAA